CAACAAAAACAAACAACAACAUCGAAAACGAUCAAUCAAAUACGAUUAUCAUACCUAUCAUUAUUAUCAUCAAGAAUGGAUAAUGAGCAAUCAUUAUCAUCUAGGACAAUCAAUUGUUAUCACCCAUUACAAUCGAAAACGACGAAGACAACAACAAAUAACAAAUCAUAUAAAAUCAAUCCGGCCAAAUCAUUUUACAACAAUCAAACAACAAAUAUGGCAAUGGUCAUUAUUAAUGUUAAUGUUAUUUGUAUCAUUGGAAAUCACAAUAAUCAAUGUAAAUGGCCAACAACAACAACAACAACAACAAGCAUAUCAUGUUCCAUUUGCCAAUCUACAAUCAUUAUCAUCAUUGGUGAUUGGUAUGCAACAACAACAACCAACAUUCAACAUUCAUCAUUAUCCAUCAUCGUAUCUGGCACCAUCAGUGGCUAAAAUUGGUGCUAUAUUUCAUCAUCAAGAAAAUUUCGAACAUUUAUCAUCUUCAUCCUCAUCAUCACCAUUAUCAGCUUCAUCAUUACAAUCGAGCAUAAUUUCAUCAUCAUCACCAUCAAACAUCGGAAGCAAAACAUCGAGCUCCAACUUAAUACAACAACAAUCAUCAUCCGCAAGUGCCGCAACAAAUGCAAUAUUUCAAUCACAAUCAUCAAUAGCAACGAAUAACAAUCGACCAAGUCCAUCAAUAUUGGGCAGUAAUAAUGAUAAUGACGAAUUCGAAGCAGAAAUCGCAUUUCGUUAUGCUGUCAAACGUAUCAAUAAAGAUCGUAACAUUCUACCGAACACAACAUUGAUUUAUGAUAUCGAGUAUAUAUCACGUGAUGAUAGUUUUCAUGCCGCCAAAAAAGCCUGUAAACUAAUUCGUGAUGGUGCUGUGGCAAUAUUCGGACCAUCCGAUGAUCGUAUCGGAGUACAUGUACAAUCCGUUUGUGAUACAUUAGAUAUUCCGCAUCUGGAAACGCGUAAACAUAAUCUUAAUAUUGGGAAAGAAUUUUCUAUUAAUCUACAUCCAGGAGCGUUUGCCGUUGCUCAAUCAAUACGCGUAUUAAUCACAUUUCUAAAUUGGACACGAAUCGCUGUCAUUUAUGAGGAUGAUAUUAAUUUGAUCGGCCUACAAGAGCUAACAACAUUACCAUUGGCAAAAAAUGUCCAGUUCUUUUUUCGUAAAACACAACAGGAUUCAUUUCGUGAAACAUUAAUGGAUCUUCGUGAUCGAGAAAUCUAUACGAUGGUUGUCGAUAUACCACAUGAACAUUUACCGAGCUUUUUCACCGCCAUCUUACAAAUCCAGAUGAAUGAAAAUCGUUAUCAUUAUCAUUUCACAACAUUUGAUUUAGAAAUAUUUGAUCUUGAAGAUUUUAUGUAUAAUGAAGUGAAUAUCACUGCUUAUCGAAUUGUUGAUUAUUCGAAUCCUAUGAUACGAUCAAUGCUAAAAGAAAUGAGUAAAUAUUAUCCAGAUAUUGCCAGACAAUUAUUACAUCAAAAUCAUUUGAUUAAGGCUUCUUCAGCAAUGAUGUUCGAUUCGGUGUACGCAUUUGCGCGUGGUUUGAAUCAAUUAUCAUCAUCAAUUACAAUGCUCAAUAGUUUUGCAUCAUGCUCAAAUGAGACGGCCUGGAAUAAUGGUCUUACAUUAUACAAUUAUAUUGAUUCGUUAUCAUUUCACGGCAUGACCGGUCCGGUUAUGUUCAAAGAAGGCAUUCGACAUAAUAUGCGAAUGGAAUUAUUAAAAUUACGUAAUUUUCGUUUAGAAAAAGUUGGUGAAUUCUUUUACAGUACUUCACUAUUAAACAUAACAAAUAUGGAUGCAUUUUUAACAUCAAAACAACGUAACGUAACAUUACGUGUGACAACAGUUAUGAUGGAACCAUACAUUCGUCAAAUGCGUUCCAGUAAUAAAUCAUUUGAAUUGAAACUAUUACAAGCUGAAAAAAUACGAUACGAAGGUUAUUGCAUUGAUUUAUUGAAUGCAAUUUCCAAAAAUCUAGGUUUCACAUAUGAAUUGUAUGAAGUUGAAGAUGGUCGAUUCGGUGCACUAGAUGAGCAAACUGGUGAAUGGCAUGGUCUUGUACGUGAAUUGAUUGAUAAACGAGCUGAUCUAGCAAUUGGUCCAUUGACCAUAAGUUAUGCACGUGAAAAUGUUAUCGAUUUUACCAAACCAUACAUGAAUCUAGGUAUCGGAAUCCUAUUCAAAAUGCCCACACAUGCCCCUACACGUUUGUUUUCAUUCAUGUCACCAUUGGCUGUUGAUAUUUGGCUAUAUGUUGUCGCCGCAUAUGUUUUGGUCAGUUCUACAUUAUUCAUUGUGGCCAGAUUUAGUCCAUACGAAUGGAUCAAUCCGCAUCCGUGCAUACCGGAUUCAGAAUCAAUCAAAAUCAAUCAAUUCAAUUUGGCCGAUUCAUUCUGGUUUACGGUGGUAACGUUGAUGAAACAAGGAUGUGAUAUGAAUCCGAAAUCAAUGUCGACAAGAAUAAUCGGUGCAAUAUGGUGGUUUUUUACAUUGAUUCUCAUCAGUUCAUACACCGCCAAUCUAGCUGCAUUCUUAACGGUCGAACGUAUUACCACACCGAUAGAAAGUGUCGAAGAUUUAGCUCAUCAAUCGAAAAUUCGUUAUGGUACUCUACGUAACAGCAGUACAAUGAGUUUUUUUCGAGAUUCGAAAUUCCCAAUCUAUCAGAAAAUGUGGCAAUUUAUGGAAAAACAUCCUGAAAAUUUUGCCGCCAGCUAUGAAGAAGGCCGUAAACGUGUGUUGAUGGGUGAUUAUGCUUUUCUGAUGGAAUCAACAAUGAUCGAUUAUAUGGUUCAACGAGAUUGUAAUCUAGUACAAAUUGGUGGCCUACUUGAUUCCAAAGGCUAUGGUAUUGCCACACAAAUGGGAUCCGAAUGGAAGGAUAAAAUUUCAUUGUCAAUUCUUGGUCUGCAGGAAAACGGUGAACUACAAAUGAUAUACGAUAAGUGGUGGAAAAGUCCUGGCCUCACCUGUACAGAUGAACUAAAAAACAAAGAUGGAAAAGCCAAUCCAUUAGGUCUAGGUAAUAUUGGUGGUGUAUUCGUUGUUUUAUUGCUUGGACUAGUAGCAGCAAUGAUCUCUGCCAUGCUAGAAUUCAUGACACAUGUGAAACGAAUCAACGUUCGUAUGGAUGAUGUAUUCACACCGGAUCUUAUAUUAUAUGAUUCAAUACAACCAACAAAUAUGAUGAAAAAAUUUAAUAAUGCCGAAUUGAUUAUCACAAAUGAUGGAACCGUACAUUGGUCACCAUUAUUGCGAAUGCAAUCAAUUUGUCGACUAAAUAUUCAGGAUUGGCCUUAUGAUCAACAAAAGUGUUCGCUUAUAUUUAUUUCAUGGUCAUAUCCUAUCGAUGCAUUGGCUCUUUAUAUUUCAACUAAAUCGAUAAAUGUUCGUGAUCUAUGGCCAAACAAUGAAUGGGAGGUAAUAGGCACAUCAUGUGAUACAUUAAUCGUAAGCGAUAUUCCAGGCCGUCCAGAUUUAUUUUUUCCCGGUGUCAAAUAUACAAUAUCUGUUCGACGACGUUCAACACCAUAUCCAUAUCUAAUCGAUGCACCAAUCAUAUGUACAACCAUUAUAAAUAUUAUAUCGAUAUGGUUGAUUGAUCCGUUCGAUCCGAAAAGAAUCCGAUUUCAAUUAAAUCGGCUAAGUUUUUUCAUCAUAUUAAUCACUUCAUUCUAUCCAUCCUACAUAUUGGGUCUAGGAAUGUUUGGCACCACUCGAUUAGUAAAAUUUCUUGGUUCAAUGAUGGUUAGUUCGGCUGUUUUAAUGUUAUGGUCAGCAUUAUCAAUGAAUAUUAUUCAAUCGACAAAACCGAAUCCAAUAACCGAACAAAUAUGGCGUAAUAUGACUCAACGUGCUUUAAAUUGGCGAUUAAUUCGAUUCAAUCAUUAUAAUAUUCAUGCUAAUGAUGCUAAUGAUGAUGACGAUAAUGGUGGGGAUCGACAAUCAUCAAUCAAUGAACAACGUCGACGAAAUUAUCUCUUUGUCAUCCUAAUAGAUCGUGUAUUGUUGAUUAUAUUUCUUAUCAUAUUCUUUAUGUUUUAUAAAUUUUAAAUACAAAAAUAAGACUGAAUAAUAAAAAGGA